ACACGCUAUUUCGUGUCUUUGAUUUAUUCGCAACUGACUUUGAAAGUUUUAAAUUUUAUAAAAGGAUUUUUCUGUUACAACAUUUUGGACAACUUGCAUUGUCACGGAUUUCUAGACAAUUUCGAACGUCGUGUGUGACCAGAUUACAAAUAUACCUACCCCUGGCAUCAUAAAUUAAGAGGAAGCAUGCACAACCACCAUACCGUCACUGUCCACUAUCUGAAGAAGCAUACUGUCGUCAACAUGAAGAAUUUGAUCGACAGUACGGUUAAGUGGAAAUGGUUAACCUUCCUAUUUUCACUCUCCACAUUCAUCUUUAUGUUCUUGUGCGUUUCAAUAUGGAUAAUUAAAGACCAAGAAAUUGAAACAUUUAGCGCAAAUACUGGUACUUGUCCCACUGAAGAUUUUGAGGAAACUGAAAAAGAAGUUGUUGACCGGCUCCAUGGCUCGGCUUUGGACACACUCACGAGGGGCGAGAUAAAUUUGGUUGUAAACUAUCUUCAUGACAAGAUGAAUUUGAAACACCCCAAAGAAGCAAAAAUUGAUCAAAGUUUCAUACAUGCUAUAGAAGUGCACACACCAAAGAAAAGUGAAUUGCUGGAAUUUUGGGAUAAUAAUGGUACUAAACCUAAGAGAGACGCCAAGGUUUUUAUAAUGCACGGGGACCGAACUCCGCCAUUCAUUGGUGAAUAUAUCGUUGGUCCUCUUCCGAACAUUACGUACGCUGAAAUAAUAAACACAACAGCUAGAACGACGAAAGUUCCUUAUAUAUAUCGUCCUUUCUCCAGCUUUGAGUUUAUGGCAAUUUAUAAGCAUGUGAUAGGAAGAGUUGCACGACAGGCUCAUCAAGUACUGAUAGAGAGUUAUAACGCGACUCCUUUCAAUUGUGGCAACCAGUGUUUGCGGUUUUCUAUGACUCCAAUCUCCAGUGGUUACCUUCCGGAAGGAACAAGAAAGUCUUGGUUCUGGUUUGCACACAAUGUUGAGUUCUAUACACUGCAUCCGCUUGAUUUUCAGUUCUUGGUCGACAUGACCUCACACAACCCCAAUGAUUGGAGAAUUUUAGAUGUAUGGUAUGCAAAUCAGUUAUUUGAAUCGUUAUCUGUAUUUCUAAAAGCUUACAGGUGUCAGCAAAUAAAUAAAACAAGAAUUCCGUUCCCAACAGGGGAAGAGAGAACUUUUAGUUCAUUAGAAAUGCGGGAGAACCAGUUUCCUGAGAAUGGCAGGCGACCACCUCGUCAAUUUUAUCCUGAUGGACCCCGAUUUAAAAUAAAUGGAAAUUCAAUUAAAUACAUGACUUGGGAUUUAAAAUUUAAAAUGUCGACCACAAAUGGCCUGCAGCUUUUUGACAUUAAAUUUGACUCGGAGAGAAUUAUAUACGAAUUAAGCAUGCAGGAAGUGACUGUCUUGUAUUCAGGUUUCAGUCCGACCAACCGGAUGUUGUAUUAUGCCGACAGCGCCGGCUUGUUCGGAACCCGUUCCAGGGGAUUAGUCCCAAGCGUAGAUUGUCCCGAGAAUGCGCGAUUUAUAGACUCUUAUCUGUAUUCCGCAAACGAGGAUGGCCACCGAACAUAUGAGAACGCCUUUUGUGUAUUUGAACACAAUUCAAACUUUCCUUUGCGGCGUCACAGAGCUUACGGAAGAUCUGGAGCUUUUUACGGUGGUUUGGUUAACACCGUGCUUGUCGUUAGAACUAUUAUGAGCGUCAUAAACUAUGACUACGUGUUUGACUAUAUGUUCUAUCAAAACGGAAUGGUGGAGAUACGCGUUUUACUGACAGGUUAUCUAGGGACAUCGUUUUAUGUUCCGCAGGAAGAACCUUACGGUGCACACGUGCGAAAGACGGUCAUUGCAGGUCUUCAUAACCAUCUUUUCAAUUUCAAAGUUGAUCUCGAUAUCAAAGGAACAAAAAAUAUAUUUGAAACCGUUGACAUUAAGAUGGAAAAUAAGACGGAUCCUUGGUAUGGUCAUCAUCAUAUACAAAAUGCUUAUACCAGGAAUAUCCGACGCACGGAGAAAGAAGCCGCUUACCAGUAUAAUUUCUCAACUCCGAAGUAUUUGUUAGUAUCGAAUAACAGGAAACAUACGCCUGAAAAUGUUAGAAGAUCCUACCGAAUCAAACCCUCUGGAAUGUCCAAACUUCUUCUGCCGGACAACUACGGAUUUAGUCCCUCCAUUUCGUGGGCCCGUUACCAAGUGGCAGUCACAAAACAAAAGGACUGGGAAGAAUCUAGUAGCUCUAUAUUCACCAUGUGGGACGCCAAAAACCCGGUAGUCAAUUUCCAGUCUUACAUCGAUGACGACGAUGAUAUUGUUAAUGAGGAUUUGGUAGCAUGGGUAACAUUAGGAACCCAACACUUGCCACAGACUGAAAAUCUCCCGAAUACCCUCACUGCGGGCGGGGCUCUAUCUGUACAUCUGAUUCCAUUUAAUUACUUUGAUGAAGAUCCGUCGAUGAGAUCCAGGGAUUCUGUGCGAAUUACACCGAAGGACCCCAAGCGACCGACGGAGGGGGCAAAUGUAGAUAGACAUCACAAAUACACCCACCAUUGCAAUCCUAUUCCUAACUACCCGGAUGUCCAUAUGUCUAAAAAUAGUACAACAGUAUUCACGUGACGAACGCAAGAUUCCUACACAAGAAAAGUGAUAAUUGAAUGGCAGCAUUGUACUCUAAUAUUCUGUAUAUAACUUUGUUUGAAAUUCUUCAAAACUUGUGCUACAUGUAUUACAUGUUAUGUUUAAUAUAAUGUGAUUUUAAUACCCCUUAAUAUAAACUUAUUAUUUAAAGAAACCUAAACCGAAAUACAUCCAUGUGACCCAUACACUGUGAAAAUGUUUUAUUAACCCUUUUGAAGUGUGAGUGGUGUGUAUUAAUGAAUUAAAUGUUGGAAUGCGAAAAAGAGUGUGAAUAACAGGUUUUUAUCUUUGGUUCGUAGAUAUGAUUCAACUCCGAAAUUGUCUUGAACUUAAUUCGUGAAGCUAAAACCGUCCAUUUCAGCUAGCCCUUGAGACUGGUUACCAAUAUGCUUCCCAUAGCGAUUGAUUUGAGUGAAAAAGGCCAACUGCUUCAUGUCGAUAGUACAAUUUGAAAUGUAUAUUGGUUGUUAAUUUCAUAUCUGAACGAUAUUUCAUAUCUGCAUGAGCAAGUCGAAUGGAGUAUGCGAGUACGAAUUCGUUCAAUAAUGUUUGGUCACCAUUCUAUAACUGUUACAAAUAUAUUAUGUCUGUGUGACUGUGAAUGAAUCAUUGAAUAUUUUGUAAGCAUCUUAUAGUACUGAACUGUAUAAAGUGUUAUCGACUAUUUUAACUGUAAUCAGGAGGAUGAGAUCAGAUUGUUCAUAUAUAUGUUAUGUUAUCUUUUUAAAGAUAUGAGAAAGUUAUAAAAAUUAAUAAAAUUUAAAACUUCC